UUCGUUACCAGGGGGCGGGACAAAUCUGUGGACACUGAUGCCUGACAACUUAGCUUUAGACGGCGAGUAAAGAAAUCCGUCAAAGAAGGGACUAUGGCGAGAGGUUGUCGGAGCUUACGAAAAGUAGCUGAGUGUAUGAAACGGUUACCUUCCACAGCCAGCCGGGAAAUACAGACUAGGAACAACGUAAGAUACUUGUCAUCAUGUGGGAUCCUGAUGACUCGCGUCCCUACCCUGCUGGGUGCAGCCAUGCCGGGGCGUGGCGUCAUCUUGCCUGCCCGCAGCUUCUUCAACCUCACCGAUUCCUUCUCCAAAAGGAAGGAGUACUCAGAGAGACGCAUCAUUGGGUAUUCCAUGCAGGAGAUAUAUGACGUAGUAGCUGGAGUGGAAAACUACCGCCUAUUUGUUCCCUGGUGUAAGAAGUCCGAUGUGGUGUUCAAACGAGCUGGAUUCUGCAAGGCCAAACUGACUGUGGGAUUUCCACCUGUGGUGGAGAACUACACCUCUCUUGUCACUACUGUACGCCCCCACCUGGUCAAGGCAUCCUGUUCAGAGGCUAAACUGUUCAACCACCUGGAGACGGUUUGGCGUUUCAGCCCUGGCCUCCCUGGCUAUCCUCGUACCUGCACUGUGGAUUUUUCUAUCUCCUUUGAGUUUCGGUCCCUCCUUCACUCCCAGCUAGCUCAUGUCUUCUUCGACGAGGUGGUGAAGCAGAUGGUUUCAGCAUUUGAGCGUCGCGCCUCCAAAAUAUACGGUGCAGAAACGGCCAUCCCUCGCGAGCUCAUGUUCCACGAGGUUCACCACACGUAGCAUUGCCCGUGCUGCACAAACACACGCACGCACACACACACGCACACACACAAAAACACACAGAGACACAGUGAAAGAAACACGAGAGAGGAGGAGUGUAGCGAGACAGAAAAGACUAACUGUGUUCUAACUGCAGUGCCUUUCUCACAGCUGUGACCAAGUUUCUACCUGGCAAUGUCCUGUCUCAUUUUUUUAACACUGAUGUGGAUCCACCAGCUCUUUUUUCACUUGUGUGAAACACAUGUGGUUCCGUUUCAGUUCAUUUCCAUCAUUAACACAGCAAUCUGUGCCUGUUUGUGAAACUGAGCUCACAGGUUCUGAUUAUUUUUUCCAUGGAGGUGAAAGCAUGGCCUAGCAGUGCUGUCGGCCAUGACUGGUCGAGCGAGUAUAUCAUCAUAUCUGCCAAUAUUAGGUACACUCAGCAGUUAAAUACACUGCUGUAACCGCCAUUUUGCAACUGCUGUAGUACCACUGCAACAUGCUGCUGCUGUUGGAAGACACUGUACCAGUACAUUUCUUCUGAAAGCAAGUUCCUGUCUGUGUUGGUAGAGAAUAAUGUCCUCCUUCCAUCAGGGACCAGAGGUCAGCCACAGGGAUGGGACAAAUAACCGUCAUCACAAAAUAGUGAUACACUCAACUGCAGCAUGACAGUCAUAGCAUCCUUCAUAUACUCUCUGGCAGUUCAGCCUUGUCUCAGUUCAUGGGGACAUGUUAAUGUGUGUGUGUCUGUGAAAAGGCUCACACUGGACUUGGAACACUCUGUCAUCUCAGCUCUUGUGAAGCUGAAAUCACUUCAAAUGCAGGACAUGUUGGAUUCCUGCUUUGUAACUUUAUUCCCUGUUCAGUGACGUAGAUUUCAGGAUGUACAUAUAGUAAAUUAUUUUCUUGGUAUAUAUUGCAUAGACUUGUGUUGGACUGCAAAUCACGCAAUGCAGAUGAGGCCAUUUGAAGUUGAAGGAGACUAUCUAUCUCCUCCCUUUAGAAGGUUUGUGCAGAGUUUUUGGUGAAGUUCCUGGAUGUUGUGGUGUGGGGAUAAAGACUGAAGACUAAACUUUCCGUUAUGGUCAGUUUAAAUGAUGCGAAAUGUUCAGAGCUGCCAUGAUCAGUUGCUCAAAAAAAAAAAAAAAAGAAAGAAAAAGAAAAUUAGUUGCCAACUAUUGUUGACAGUUGUGUCAAGAGAGAAAACCGCCACUUAUUCCCAACCUUGGUUAUUCAAACAGUGGUUAUAGAUGAUGUGAUGGUAUAAGCUGCAAUACUUUGCGAGGCCAGAAUCCAAAUAGUAUUAAAACCUUGAUGAUGACUUGAACAUGAAGAAAAUGAAUGUCUAAAUUCAUGCUAUGGAACUCCACAAGUCAAAGCAAAAGUUCAGGCUGUGUGCAGUGUAACUCUGCUGCCCUUCAUCUCCGCUGUCUCGCCACACACUACCACAUACUGCACUGGAAUAAAGGGCAGAGGCAGGUUAGACGCCGUGUCACUCAAUCAAGCUUUUUGAUCAUCUGUCGCAGAGGACGUGUACAAAUGACUGCAGAUAGAUGUACUAAGUGUACUGUGAACAAUCAGAAAUUCACACGUCAUUCAAAGGGUGCUUAACUUUUAUUUUGCUUUAUCUCUUAGAAGGGGGUGCUGUCUGUUUUCUUUUGUCUUUUUGAUGUCACAUAAACUAAGCUGUCAUUAUUACUAAGGGAUGCUGGACAUAAGAGUUGCUAAAAGUGUGCAAUAUCAGCAGUGUAAGUGUUAUUUUUUCAAAGCAGCUAAGCAAGCAUAUGUACCCUCUGUCAAUGUAAGGGCCCAACCUGGCUGGCUAGGCAGAAGCCAGGUCACACACCUUGACCUGUCCUGUCAGUCAGAUGCUGUUUCAGUGAGGUAUCUGCCAUCGUGAAACUGUCACGAUUCCAACUGUCCAACCCACACCACUCACUGAGUGCCUCCCGGCCUACUGCCACCAUAUUUAUCUUUAUUUGUAAACAUUAUACUCAUUUUAUCAUAUUUAUUACUUAGUUUAAAUGUAAAUAUUGGUUUGAAGAUGGUAAGUAAGGCCUAUACACUAUGGCAGGCUAAUUGAACAUUUAAUCAGCAGCGAUUUAGUUACAGUUUGACUUGCCACUAGUCAUGUCUUUAAUGAUAUCAGUAAUUCCUUUUUCACUAGAAAGAAUAACAAGGUGAAAAAGGAUUGUGACUAUUUGAACGAUGUUCAACUUAAAAUAAUCCAUUUCGGAUAUAUAGAUACACAAGACUCAUAUAAAUUCCUUUUUGAUGGCUAAAUUUCAAUUUGGACUAGUAAAAGAAUAAAAUGAAUAGUUAAAAAUGAAUUGGAGACAAUAUAAUUGUUACAUUUGUACAAAUAUAUUAAAGUAAUUUUCACUAGUUACAGUUAUGUUUCAGAUAUCUGAAAAUCAACUCUAUGUAUCUGAAAUGACUUUUUCACUAGUUGCAAAUACAAGCUGAUAAGUCAGUAAUUUCAUUUCAAAUAGUCAGAAGGGAAUUCCAGACAACAUUUUGAUAAGUGAGAACUGAAUUGUAGAUAUCUGUAGUUCAAACUGCUUCGAGCCAAAAUGAAUACGUGGAAUUCCAGCUAGUCAAAAAGCUGUUGCUGAUAUCUAUUGCUAUUAGCCGCGCUGAUUGAAAGUUGAAAAGGCUUGCCAUAUGCUUUUUU